AUGGAUCACAAAUUGCCAGAAAGUGUGAAGUUAGAAGUGGAGAAGUAUGAUUCUGGAUCAACUUGUAGCUCGGACACAUCAGGAAACACUGAUAAUGAAAGGGAGCACUGGUCCGGGAAGUUGGAUUCUUUACUGUCCUUUCUGGGAUAUGCUGUUGGACUUGGAAAUCUUUGGAGAUUUCCAUACCUUUGUAUGAGGAACGGUGGAGGGGCAUUUCUCAUCCCGUUUCUUAUAUUUCUGGUGUUAUGUGGACUGCCGUUGUACUUCCUGGAACUCAGCCUCGGACAGUUUACUGGAAAGAGUGCAAGUCACGCCUGGGAAGUGUGUCCUAUCUUUAAAGGUGUGGGAGUUGGAAUGGUGAUUGCCAUAGGGAUAAUAGGUUUGUACUACAACGUCAUCAUCGCCUGGACAUUGUUCUAUAUCGGUAACAGCUUCAUCAGUCCUCUCCCUUGGAGCACAUGUUCAAAUGAUUGGAACACCGACACGUGCGGCGUUCGGAUUGGUAACAACACCGACACGAACAGCUCAUUCAUUCUAAGUGUAACUGGUUUAGAUCUCCAUAACAGCACCAAUGAUGUCUCACCAACAUUUAAGGGACUUACAUCAGAAGAGGAAUUUUGGCAGUAUAAAGUGUUAAAUAUGUCCUCUGGUCUGGAAGUCAUCGGCCGGAUCCCAUGGCACUUGGCAGUGUGUUUCUUCGCUGCGUGGAUACUCGUCUACCUAUGCCUGAUUAAAGGUGUAAAGUCGAUAGGAAAGGUGGUAUACGUAACUGCUACACUCCCGUACAUACUGUUGACUGUUAUCCUUGUCCGAGGGUUGACCUUGCCUGGUGCUGUCGAUGGUGUUUUGUUCUAUCUCACUCCAGACUUCUCCAGACUGACCGACAUGCAGGUAUGGAUUGAGGCCGCGUUGCAGGUAUUCUACUCACUAGGUCCAGCAUGGGGCCCCAUGAUCACCAUGGCAAGCUACAACAAGUUCAAUAAUAACUGUUACAGAGACGCCAUUGUACUUACCUUCAUGAGCGAGGGGACGAGUAUUUACGCCGGGCUGGUGGUGUUCUCUGUGCUGGGAUUCAUGGCAAACAAAGCCAGUCUACCUAUAUCUGAAAUCGCUAAAUCAGGUCCCGGUCUGGGGUUCAUAGCCUAUCCAGAGGCACUAGCCCAGCUUCCGUUUCCAAAUUUAUGGGCAGCCCUGUUCUUCAUCAUGCUACUGACGGUUGGACUAGACAGUCAGUUCGUCCAUAUAGAGGCUGUGUGUACGGCCUUUACAGACACCUUCCCAGCACUGAGGAGAAAGAGAAUGAUCUUCACGGCUAUUUUGUGUGCUUUGUGGUGUUUAUUCGGCCUUCUGAUCUGUACUCAGGGAGGGAUAUACAUCUUCCAAAUGGUGGACUGGUACGUAGCUUCCAUAUCGCUGCCCCUGUUUGGUUUACUGGAAGCUGUUGUCAUAGGAUGGUUCUAUGGAGCAGAGAACUUUUCCCGUGAUAUCAGGCUGAUGUUGAACAGAGGCGUACCCGUAUUCAUGAGAGUGUGCUGGUGUUUCGUUACCCCUGCAGUUCUUUUGUUCCUCCUGUUGUUUACCUUGUCCACCUACAAACCACCAACAUACGGGGACUACGUAUACCCCGGAUAUACAUCAAUUAUCGGUUUCAUCCUGGCAAUGAUACCCAUCAUCCCACUUCCGGUUUGUGCUCUGAUGACGAUUCGUGGAACACCGGGACAAACAUUGAUGGAGAAACUUGUGACGUCAUUUAAACCGUCUCCUAACUGGAAACCGGUAUCACAAGCGCAUGCUAAGAGAUACAGUGACAUUGGAAACAACAAUGAAAGUACUUUUAUUGGGGUCAUAAAAAGGAACAUCCUGGGGGACAACAUUUACUCACAAUGACGACCCCGCCAGUACACAAGUUAAAUUAACUUUUAAUGCAUAUUGUAUAUGCGAUUUGUAUAUAUACAUUAACCAUUGAUGUAUCAUGCAGUAUCUGCACGAGAUCGCUGAAUAAUGUUUCACACUGUAACGAUGAUGUUAAAUAGAGGCACACCAACGACUCGACAAGCUAUGUAACAGUUAUCUCCCUUGUGUACGAUUCUCUGUGGGUUUACUUAGAUCUCAUUCCCCCUGUAAUGACAUUUGCGCUAAUGUCAUGUUAAAACUGUCAACGUCUGUACUAAGUAAUAGGACCUAGUACAAAGUAACAAUGAGUAUGCCUAACAGAGUAUGGUACGAUUAGUUACGUUAAAGAAUGAGAAGAAUAUCUUUUUAUAUCUACAACAUCCGCAUUGGAAUCGGAUA